UGCACUCUGUGGCGUGGGGGAAAUCUCCUGGGUUUGAGGACAGAUACGUCAGGUUGCUUCUUGCACUCUGGAUCACGAAGCUGCAAGAGAGAGCGUCGCUGGCUUUUUAGACACUGAGCAAUAAAGUGAGGCAGAGAUCUGCACAUCAUCGUCACAGACAGUGCAAACCUCACCCGAAGCACGGCAGCUACAGAGGACCAUGGCAUUUUCAGGGAUGCUGAGCGACGAGGACAUCAGGGCUGCGGUCCAGGCUUGUCAAACUCCAGGCACCUUCGACCACAAGGCAUUCUUUGUACAAGUGGGGCUGACUGGCUCGUCUGAGGCUGAGGGGGAGAAAGUGUUUAUAGUUCUGGACCAAGACAGGAGUGGAUACAUCGAAGAGGAGGAGCUAAAGCUGUUCCUGCAGAAUUUCUUCCCGGGGGCGAGGGAGCUGACCGCAGCUGAGACUAAGUCUCUGAUGGCUGCAGGAGAUAAGGACGGUGAUGGAAAGAUCGGGAUGGAAGAGUUCUGUGACAUCCUGAAAUAAAGAGAAUCAACACAUCUGACCACGGCUUUCCCCUCCCUGUUUUAAAUAAUGGACCUCUCAUGGAUAUCAAGACCGUCCAGAUUGUUUGAUGCAAAGACAAGAAACCUCAGAUGUUCUGUUCCUGCCUGCUGCUCUCCCUGUUGAUGUGAAACAAUAAUGUGUAAUAAAUGUGUUGGACUGACCGCUUUUGUUGGAUAUUAGUUGUGUGUGUUGAAUCAAUCAGGUACCUGGAUUGAAUUAUUAAAAUUGAGUGAACAUGUGA